AUCCGCUCAAACGGUGUUGCCGACAAGGAGACGAUGAUAUCGACAACUUAUUCGGCCAUGUUCUGAUUUAGAUUCUUAAAAUACCGGGUUGCCUAUCAUUGAAAUUCCUUUCCCUCGUUGAUGGAACAUGAGCACGGUCCUUCAAAGCCGCCUGUCCGCCCCCGACACUUCUGGGGACCUAAGGGGCUUCACUCUAUAAAAUGGGCGACCAUAAAGUAUUAUACGAAUCCCUUCCGAUCCCUACCUACGAAGAAGCUACGUCUGCACGUCCUUCAUCAUCACAAUCCCUUCUUGGCCCCUCAGAAGUGAGCGAUGACGCCGAGAGGCAACAACUUCUCAGCCAUGCUCCCGAAGUGGGAAGUUCGAGAUAUCCUCGAGGAUACCACCCUCCCACGGUCGAAUCCGCCCGAUCGAGCGUGGACUUUUUAGCGUUCUCUAAUGGAGGAUCAGUUCGAGCCUCUACUGAGAACCUUCGAAGGGAGCUAGAGCACAUGGAUGUGGAGGACCCUUCGGGUCAACGAUCUAGCCGCUCUGCCUUUUCCAAACGAUUCGCCAACCUCAGAAGAACAUUAUCCUCCAUAAACUUCCCGCUGCGGAAAUACAUCCCAACGUUCUCCUUUCGAUUGAACUUCCUACAUUCUGGGUUUGGCAACCGCGACGCUCAAAAAUGCAUCCUUGUCCUUCGACUUGUCGCGGUCCUCAUAGUCGUCUCGAUCAUCUAUUUCAUCGUGGUCUCCGAUAUUUUUAACUUUGGAGGAGGUCUAAAUUUUGGCCGGUUAUAUGAGCCCGAGUCAGUCCGAAAUUUCGUCCAGAACCAGGUGAAUGAAACGGCGAUCGCUGAAAACCUUGAAUACCUGACACAGUUCCCCCAUAUUGCGGGCACCGAAGGAAACUAUGCCUUGGCAGAAUGGGUGCAGGCAAGGUUUCGAGCAGCGGGGCUCGAGAAUGUUGAAAUGGAACGGUUUGAUGUUUAUCUGAAUUAUCCUACCAAACACGGCAGGAGGAUAGCAAUUGUGGAGCCAGCAGACAAGAAAUGGGAAGCUAAGAUCGAUGAGGAAAAGGUGUACAGGAGAUCGAGGGAGCAGACAUUGGUUUUCCAUGGACAUUCAAAAUCUGGAAACGUCACUGGCCCUCUCGUAUAUGCCAACUAUGGUUCCAGAGAAGAUUUCCAAGCGUUGGCCGAUAUGGGGGUGAAGGUUAUGGAUUCAAUAGUUUUGGUGAAGUACUAUGGCUCACAGGGUGAUAGAGCACUGAAAAUCAAAGCUGCUGAAUUAGCUGGCGCGGCUGGGUGUAUAAUCUAUUCUGAUCCAGCAGAAGACGGAUUUGUCAAGGGCCCAGCUUGGCCAAAAGGAAGAUAUAUGCCAAGUGAUGGCGUGCAGCGCGGAGGCGUCAGCCUGAUGUCGUGGGUUGUUGGAGACGUACUGAGCCCAGGUUUCGCUUCUCGCCCUGAUGAGAAAAAGAGAUUGCCAGUCGAAGAAAGCCCUGGUCUCCCAAAGAUCCCCAGCUUGCCUAUCGCAUGGAGGGAUGCGCAGCAUCUGUUACAAGCUAUCCAAGGUCAUGGUAAACGGGUACCAAAAGAAUGGGUCGGUGGUGUGCCAAAUGUCGAUGAAUGGUGGUCGGGGGAUGACUCUUCCCCCAAGGUCAAUCUAAUGAACAUUCAAGACGAAAUAGAACGACAGCCAAUCUACAAUGUGCUUGGAAGGAUGACUGGCGUCGAACAGCCAGAGAAAAAAAUCGUUGUAGGAAGCCAUCGGGAUGCAUGGUGUUUCGGUGCUGCAGAUCCAGGUAGCAGCUCUGCUAUCCUACUGGAAAUUGUGCGGAUUUUCGGGGAGCUUCGAGCUCUUGGGUGGAGGCCAUUGCGCACUAUCGAGUUUGCAAGUUGGGAUGGCGAAGAAUAUAACCUCAUAGGCUCUACCGAAUAUGUCGAGAAUAGGGUUGAGGAUCUGCGUUUCGAUGGUUUUGCCUACAUCAACGUCGAUGUGGCUGUAUCGGGUGAGGACUUUAGGGCUUCUGCCUCUCCUCUAUUUGAGCGUUCACUUCGACGGGUCUUGAGCCGGGUAUCCGAUCCCAAAACUGGCGAAACCCUACAGAGUAUUUGGGACAAAAAGGGCUCUAAACUUCAGGGAUUAGGCGCUGGAAGUGAUUACGUUGCCUUUCAAGACAUUGCCGGCACAUCUAGCAUUGAUUUCGGCUUUGAAGGAGACCCAUACCCAUAUCAUAGUUGUUAUGAUAACUUCGACUGGAUGUCUACCAUUGGUGAUGCUGGCUUUAGAUACCAUAAAGCCCUUGGACAGAUAUGGGGUUUGCUUCUCUUAGAAGUGUCCGAUCGGCCCAUUCUUCCAUUUGAUCUCGAAGCAUACGCUGCUGCUGUUGUUCAGUACGUAUCUAACCUGCAAGACUACGCUAAAAAGAACUCGGCUCCGUUGACGCCAUCCAAACUUGCGCGUGUGGACGAUUCGAGGACACAUAUUGACUUCAAACCUUUGUAUGAUGCGGCUGAAGUAUUCCGUACGAACGCCCGCAUUUUUCAUAAUUGGGAACGUGUGUGGAAUGAGACGCUAUAUGCCAACAAUGGUUUCGAAAAUAAAAUCUUUGGCAUCCGAAGAUUGAGCCAUAAUGGUCAUAUGGGAGACUUUGAAACGAAUCUGCUUGACUUGGAGGAAGGUGGUGGUGUUCCCAACCGCACUCAAUUCAAACAUAUCAUUUUUGGCCCGCAAAAGUGGUCAGGCUAUGACGAGGCAUUCUUUCCAGCCAUCAGGGACGCCAUCGACUCGAGAAACUGGACCGAAACGCAACAUUGGAUCAAUAAAGUUUCGAAAAUCCUCACUAAAGCAAGUAUCAAAUUGAAUAACUGAAUUUAAUUUCACUCCUUCCUCCCUCUCCUUCUGCGAACUUUGGGAAUAACAGGGCUUUCCCCUAUUGCAUAUCUCAGAGGUCUUCCUGAUGUGUGAAAUUAUCCUUCUACUAGGCACUCUUUGAUUGCCUCUUUUGUAGGUAUAUUUUGGCCUUUUAGACAACUGGCCAAUUUGUCUAGAUUUACUUAUACCCGAAACGCCCACCCCCAGUGUAUGGUUGUAUGCAAAUACUGACUUUUGUUGUUCUGAUAUGUUUCCCAGUUUAAUGUGAGCCUCUGGGCAGUUGCCAUGCAUUUUCUACGCAUAUAGACUGGCAUGCAAGUUGUCCUUUGCCAUUUUAUUGCUUUUUUAAAGGGCUGUUGGUGGUUUUGGCUGGCAUUAUUGGUUUAGCAGCUUUCGCUCCGUACAUGUUCCACAUGUACUGGUAUGGUACUUGUAUUCCUAGAUAUCUGUUUUCUUUGGCUGAGCCGAGGCAUUCAUAUUGUAAUUUUGUGAUA